AUGUUCAAGAGCGGCAUUUCCGCCUUCGCCCGGACUGCCCGUCCCUCCUUUGCGGCGGCGUCUCGUCGCGCCGUCCGCCCGGCUGCCCUCAACCUCCGUGCUCCUGCCCUCAGCCGCUUCGCCAGCUCCGCCGGUGUUGGUGAUGGCAAGAUCUACCAGGUCAUUGGUGCCGUCGUCGAUGUCAAGUUCGAUACCGACAAGCUUCCUCCCAUUCUCAACGCCCUUGAGACUCAGAACAAUGGCCAGAAGCUCGUCCUCGAGGUCUCGCAACAUCUCGGCGAGAACGUCGUGAGAUGCAUUGCCAUGGACGGUACUGAGGGUCUCGUUCGUGGUGCCAAGGCCUCCGACACUGGUGCUCCCAUCACCAUCCCUGUCGGCCCUGCCACCCUUGGCCGUAUCAUCAACGUCACUGGUGACCCCAUCGACGAGCGCGGUCCCAUCAAGACCGACAAGUUCCGCUCUAUCCACGCCGAUGCCCCCGAGUUCGUUGAGCAGUCUACCACCGCCGAGAUUCUCGUCACUGGUAUCAAGGUCGUCGAUCUCCUCGCCCCCUACGCUCGUGGUGGAAAGAUUGGUCUCUUCGGUGGUGCCGGUGUCGGCAAGACCGUCUUCAUUCAGGAGCUUAUCAACAACAUCGCCAAGGCCCACGGUGGUUACUCCGUCUUCACUGGUGUCGGUGAGCGUACCCGUGAGGGUAACGAUCUGUACCACGAAAUGCAGGAGACUUCCGUCAUUCAGCUCGAUGGUGACUCCAAGGUCGCUCUUGUCUUCGGUCAGAUGAACGAGCCCCCCGGAGCUCGUGCCCGUGUCGCCCUUACUGGUCUCACCAUCGCCGAGUACUUCCGUGAUGAGGAGGGUCAGGAUGUGUUGCUCUUCAUUGACAACAUUUUCCGCUUCACCCAGGCCGGUUCCGAGGUGUCCGCUCUUCUCGGUCGUAUUCCCUCUGCCGUCGGUUACCAGCCCACCCUCGCCGUCGACAUGGGUCAGAUGCAGGAGCGCAUUACCACCACCACCAAGGGUUCCAUUACCUCCGUCCAGGCCGUCUACGUCCCUGCUGAUGAUUUGACUGAUCCUGCCCCCGCCACCACCUUCGCCCAUUUGGACGCCACCACUGUCUUGUCCCGUGGUAUCUCCGAGUUGGGUAUCUACCCCGCUGUCGAUCCCCUCGACUCCAAGUCCCGUAUGCUCGACCCCCGUAUCGUCGGUCAGGAGCACUACGAGACCGCCACCCGCGUCCAGCAGAUUCUCCAGGAGUACAAGUCUCUCCAGGAUAUCAUUGCCAUUCUUGGUAUGGACGAACUUUCCGAGGCCGAUAAGCUCACCGUCGAGCGUGCCCGUAAGAUCCAGCGUUUCCUCAGCCAGCCUUUCACUGUCGCUCAGGUCUUCACUGGUAUCGAGGGUAAGCUCGUUGACCUUAAGGACACCAUUGCCUCCUUCAAGGCCAUUCUUGCCGGUGAGGGUGAUGACCUCCCCGAGGGUGCCUUCUACAUGGUUGGUGACUUCGCCUCUGCUCGCGCCAAGGGUGAGAAGAUCCUUGCUGAGCUUGAGGGCUCUGCUUAA